GCGGCUGCAAGAGGGGGGAAACAGAUGCGCCAGUGGUGCGCGUAUGCCAGGGCUCUCUAUUACAUACAAUAAUGUAAUAUUUAAAAAAACAUGGAAUACCCUGGCUGAAUUGGUUUCUUGAAUAAUUGAUGUAUUUUUAUCAUUAUGAAAGCUUAAAUUUUGUCGGAUAUUUCAUAUUAUUCGAAAAAAAUCGAUUUAUUUAAACACCCAAAAGCGCAUGCGCAAACAUCCUUCGACACACGUGGUGAUUCCUACCUCUAACCCUCAUUGGAAUUGUAAACACAGUGAAUUUCAAUACAAAUGACAAAGAUAACAAUGAAUGAAUAUCCUGAGAUUGCAGUUGGUUUAGCAGUGGAUCGCAUCGAUACGAAUUUAAUAGCGCCAGCUCAUGUUGCCAUGAAAUUCUAUACUCCAGGAGAAGAAGUCUCCGAUCAAACGGAUUAUCUCAGAGGUCAUGGAACUUAUGUCGAUGAUGAUGAGUCCCUGAGAGCAUCUGUCGCCGGUGUUUUGGAGAAAGUCAAUAAACUCAUCUCAAUUAGACCCCUUAAAACUCGAUAUCAAGGAGAAAUAGGGGAUGUUGUCGUUGGGAGGAUAAGUGAGGUGCAACAAAGUCGAUGGAAAGUUGAUACGAAUUCUAAAAUGGAUUCUGUUCUCUUGUUGUCCAGUGUCAAUCUUCCGGGAGGUGAAUUAAGACGACGUUCAGCAGAGGAUGAACAAACGAUGCGUAAAUAUCUCCAAGAGGGUGAUUUAAUUUGCGCUGAAGUUCAAAACACCUAUGCUGAUGGCUCCCUAUCCCUUCACACACGUGUCCUUAAAUAUGGUAAACUAUCCCAAGGAGUGAUGAUCAAAGUACCACCAGGCUUGAUAAAACGAAAGAAAACCCAUUUCCAUCAUUUGCCCAACGGUGCAACCCUUAUUCUGGGUAACAAUGGUUAUGUAUGGAUCGGUGCAAGUUCCCAGAGUACUGAUCGUUCCGAGGGUGGAUUUACCCAGGAUCUGACACGAGUCACUCAGGAGGACAGGGAAGUUUGCGCGAGAUUACGAAAUUGUGUAUUAAUACUCUCUCACUGCAAUAUCUUUCUCACGGACACUUCUGUCACAUAUGCCUAUGAGGAGUCUAGCAAAUACAGAUGCAGUGAAUUACUCCAGCCGGAAACCAUCGUCGAUGUGGCUCUCAUGACCCAUCAUAGACUAAAAACAGGGCAGUGCAUGCCUGUUGAGCGGUGUGAGUCGCGUGAAAUAACCAAAGGCAACAUGUCGAUUUCACCGACUUUUCAAAGCGGCAAACUUUCAUCCGCGUCUAUCGAUUUAACAAAUGGCAUAGAAACGCUGGAUUAUUUUCACGUUGACUUGAAAAGAACCGAGGGCAGCGAAAUGGACGCUUGUUUUGCCGCGUUUGAUAGAGACGGCGAUGGUUUUCUAUCAAUCAGUGAAUUUGAACUCAUUUGCCGGGCAUUAUUCAGAAAUGAUAGAGGCAAAAUUUAUGGAGUUGAGGAGAAACAAUUGCGAGAGAUUUUCGAUAUAUUUGAUUCUAAAAAGGAUGGAUUGCUUGAUCUGCAAGAAUUUGAGGUGUGUUGGAACCGUUGGAUAAAGGUCUGCACGCGACCGAGGUGUGCCUUUCUCAUUGUUGACGUACAAAAUGAUUUUAUAUCUGGCUCACUGAAUAUAAAACAGUGUGCGGCACAGCACGAUGGUUCUGAGGUGAUUGAACCAAUAAAUCAUCUGCUGAAUACAGUAAGGUUUGAUGCUGUAUUUUAUUCACUGGAUUGGCAUCCGGUUGAUCAUGUAUCCUUCAUCGAUAAUUUACAUAUGCGGGAAGUAGACGAAUCUAGUCCUGUCCCCAAGGAGGAAGCAAAAGUAUACGAUACCGUCACCUUCAAGGGUCCACCCUCGUUGAAACAAAGAUUAUGGCCCCGUCACUGUGUGCAAGACUCCUGGGGAGCCGAGCUCCACAAAGACCUCAAGAUUGUCGAGCACGCUAUAAAAAUCUACAAAGGAACCAAUCCAGAAGUCGACUCCUACUCAGUCUUUUGGGAUAACAAAAAACUUACAGAAACUACUCUAUCUAGUCAACUUCAGGACAAGGGAGCUACAGACAUUUACAUCUGCGGUUUAGCCUAUGACGUUUGCGUCGGUGCGACAGCAGUGGACGCACUCACCAGUGGUUAUCGCACUAUUUUAAUCGACGAUUGCAGUCGUGGCGUUGAUCUUGUCGAUAUCGAGAAGACCAAGGCCAUGGUAAUCGCUAGCAAUGGUGUUAUUGUCACUUCGAGCCAGGUAAAAGCAAUGGUCGAGGGGCGCGAUCGCAGGCCAGAACUCGGCUAUAAACUCGCCCUCGAAAUCAAGCAGUCGCUCAAAUCGUCAAGUAACAAUAACAGAAACUAGAAACUAAAUUCAAUUUUGCAGUCGAUGUAUAUAUAAAUAUGAUAACAAACAACAAAUAUAUAUAUAGAGAAGAAUGAAUAUGUAAUAUUAAUCAUACACGUGUGAGGACGAUUUCCUUCCAAAUUGUUAUAUA